AUGGCAGAAGUUCCGGGCAGCCUGCGUAAGUUGGUGGGUCUUCUGGACAGCGGAAACAAGGACGUGCGACAAUCUGCGGUGGCGGCGCUCUCGAGCCUGGCGUUCGACACGGCGAACAGGAGGGCCAUAGCAGCGGUGCCGGGGAGCCUAGAGAAGCUGGUGGGCCUGCUUGACAGCGGGAGCGAGGACUUGCAAGAAAGAGCGGCAGGGGCCCUCCAGAACUUGGCGGGCGGUGCACUGAGCGAGGGCGUGCAAGAGAAAGCGGCGAGGGCGCUCGUGAACCUGGCGGCCGACGCGGCGAACCAGAGGGCCAUAGCUGCAGUGCCGGGGAGCCUGCACACGCUGGUCUUCCUGCUGGAAAGUGGAAACGAGGUCGUGCAAGGCUUUGCGGCGACGGCGCUCAAUAGUCUGGCGGUCGAUUACGUGGCGAACCAAAGGUCCAUAGGGGUAAUCUCGGAAAGCUUGGAAAUGCUGGUUGCCUUGCUGGGAAGCCAGAGAGAGGGCGUUCAGGGACAAGCUGCGUCGGCGCUCGGGAAUUUGGCGGCCGACGAGACAAACAAGAGGGCCAUAGUCGCGGUGCCGGGGAGCAUGCAAAAGCUCCGAGCGCUGAUGGCCAGCGACAAUGAGGCAGUACGGGAGCCGGCGGCGGGGGCGCUGGCGAAGCUUGGCAUGGUGCAAUAUAUAAAGUCGAUCAAUAUUUGUGGAUUGAGAAAUCUGUGA